AUGGAUGGCCAGGCACUAGAAUCUGUUGAUGAGUUCACCUAUCUAGAAUGUAACAUGUCACAAAACGUUGACUCACGGAAAGAUGUGGAGAAAAGAAAUGGAAAAGGUCUGUUCAUAUCUAUCGAUCUAAUUUUGCUUGUUCAUUAUCUAUCUAUCUAUCUAUCUAUCUAUCUAUCUAUCUAUCUAUCUAUCUCAGUCUGUUCAUAUCUAUCUUUCUAUCUAUCUCUCGAUCUAAUUUUGUUUGUUCAUUAUCUGUGUAAAAUUUUGCCUGUUCAUUAUCUAUCUAUUUCAAUCUCUUCAUAUCUAUCUAUCAGAUCUGUUAAUAUCUGUCACAUCUUUUCAUAUGUAUCAAAUUGCGUCUGUUCAUAUCUAUCUAUCUAUCUAUCUAUCUAUCUAUCUCACUCUAUUCAUAUCUAUCUAUCUAUCUAUGUCUGUUCAUAUCUAUCCAUCUAUCGUUCUAAUUUCGCCUGUUCAUUAUCUAUCUAUCUAUCUAUCUAUCUAUUUUAG